UUGUAUUUCACGUGGGCAAAUAGUGGGGAAAGGGUCGAAGCUCCACGCUUAAAAUAGUUUGAAGUUCCUAGCAAGCAAGAAAUCACCUCGAACUUUUCAUUGUCUUGUGAACCAGCACCAUGUCAAGCAGCAGAGGCGGAGAGACUCAUGCCGGUGGCGGGAGGAAGAGAGACCCAGAGGAGCACCAGAAGCAGAGGAGAAGAGCUCUCCAAGCCCGCCAUAGAGCCACCCUAGCCAGCCUGUUCGAGACACUAAAAACUGUCGUCUGUCCAACUUCCAACAAAACUCCUGCCAAGUGGAAGAUCUUGGACCAUGCUAAGGGGUUUCUCCGUGAGCAGGAGAGCUACCUCAGCAGACUGCUGAUGUUGAAGGGUGAGGGAAUUUACCUCGGUAACGAAGAUGGCCCACGCAGUUUGGAAGAAGUACGAGAGGAAUACCGCAAUGUAUACCCUAACCGCAGUUCCUAUCGCUCCAGAAGGAAGGGCUAUAGAUGGCCAGGGCCUGAUGAAGAGGAAGAGGGGGCGGAAGAGAGCAGUGAGGAGGAGGUGGUGUUGGAGGAGGUCAUGGAUGAGUCUGUCCCCUCACAGUCAUCCGUCAGCUCUGCCCCCAACAUUCUGGAGUUUGAAGGGUACAUGCUGUUCUACAGGCAGACGGUGGAGAAGCUGGUCUACUGUGGGGUGCUGGGGCCUGGCCAGACCGGCCUGCCCGUGGUGUCAGACGCCAUCUCCGGCCUGUGGGACAGCAUGUCCCCGGAGCGCAGGGCCGCCUACCAGAGCUUUGCCCCCCAGCAGGGCCCUCCGUCCUGGGGAGGGCUCUCAGACAGGCCCCCCGGGUCGGAGCCCCACCUCCAGACCUCCCAGGCCGACAGCCAGGGAGCCACUGCCUCCUCCACGUCCACGUACGAAGAGGACCUGCUCCAGGACGCCUGCGACGUGAUGAAGAAGGAGAUGGACUCCGCUGCCAAAGACAGUUAUGAGGCAGACGACUCCCGUCAGAGUGGUGACCUAGAGAAGCUCCGAGAGGUGGUCAUGGGCCUCGUCAAAACCCAGACGCCCCAGAAGCAGGAAACCCCCCAGAACCUGAGUGUCACUGAUAACUAUGAUGAGCUUCAGCUCAGGUGUUCAGAGUCGUUUGACAGCGAGGACAUGUGAAGAAGACACACGGACAAAAACAACAUUUUCUUUUUCUCUUUCCAGUACAUGUUUGAUGACUAAUUCAUUUUUUAUUGUGUUCAGAAAAAGAUAAACACAUCACAAAUUACAGUGGAGCCUUUGUAGAAUUGUUUGUGGCAUUUGUUUGCAGUGCCUGUUUGAUGUACCAAAAAAGAGAACUGCAUCAAAUUUGUUCGGUAUUUGUGUCUCUUGAAUGUAAAAAUGUUUUAUUGGAUUUGUUUACAAGUUAUACCAGCGAGAAAGAUAUUCUAUUAGAUGUUUUUUUUUCUUUUUACUCCUCUUCAUCAUUUCAAUUUUAUAUAAAUAUAAUGUUGGCA